AAUGAUUAUUUGUAUUUAUUAAUUUCAGUCAACGCAGCUCUAGCGUCAAGCGAGAUGAAAUAGACCAAACCGUUCUGUACAUACGUGUGGCUUUCAGCUUGUUCGGGAGGAAAGAAACACAAGCGCCACGUCCAUCAGUUCAUCUCACUUAGAGGGGUACGUUGUGCCGUUGACAUUGUAUCUCUAGGAUGGAAACAGAGGCUGUCGGCUCAGAUCGACCAAACAAUGAUCCAGGGAAGACAUUGUACGGGGAGUACAAUGGUAAUUGCUGCGACGUGAAGAAGAGGUUGGACUUCUUGGACUUGCGUAGGACAGAUCCUUUACACCUUGCAGUGUCGUCCAAUAACAACACGACGUUCCGCACCCAGCCUGCCGGGCACGAGGACUUCCUGCGUGACAUCUUCAAGGUCAUCAUGGAGGACAUUGUCCAAAAGGCCGGAGAUCGAGAGGGCAAGGUCAACGAAUGGAUGGCUCCUGAAGAGUUAUCAGCCAAGAUGGACCUGGAGCCUCAGCCUAUGAGCGAGAGCCAUGAACACCUGUUGGGCAGGGUCAAGGAUGUUAUCAAAUAUAGCGUCCGAACCGGCCACCCUCAUUUCGUCAACCAGCUCUACUCCAGUCUGGACCCAUAUGGUCUUGCUGGUCAACUCGUGACGGACGCUCUCAACUGCAGUCUCUACACCUACGAAGUCGCUCCCGUCUUUACCGUCAUGGAACUGGCGGUGUUGGCGAAGAUGAGACAACUGAUUGGCUACGAGGGCGGGGACGGUAUCUUUGCUCCUGGUGGAUCCAUUGCCAACAUCAUGGCGUUGAGCUGCGCCCGACAGAUGGCGUUCCCCGAGACAAAGAAACGGGGUCUGUUCGGGCUGCCACAGUUGGUGUUGUACGCGUCUGAGCUGGCCCAUUUCUCCAUCACUAAAGCGGGAUGUCUUCUCGGAUUCGGGAAGGAUAACGUCAGACUGGUCAAGACCGACCCUCAAGGUCGGAUGAUUCCUGAGGACCUCGAAGCCCAGAUUGAGGAGACGAAAAAUCAGGGUGCACGUCCGUUCUUAGUUGUGGCCACAGCAGGAACAACAGUGUUUGGCGCCUUCGACCCCAUCAACGACAUCGCCGAUGUGUGUGUCGCUAAUGGUUUAUGGCUUCACGUGGAUGGUGCUUGGGGAGGUGGCGUCCUCAUGUCCCGACGUCAUCGUGGGUUGAUGGAAGGCGUGGAUCGCGCAGAUUCAGUCACUUGGAACCCUCAUAAACUUCUAGGCGCUCCACAGCAAUGUUCAACCUUUCUCACCAAACACAAGGGCGUGCUGCAGGAGGCUCACAGCGCCCACGCGCCUUACCUUUUCCAGCCCGAUAAGUGCUACGACGUCAGUUACGACACUGGCGACAAAACGUUCCAGUGUGGCCGUAGGGUCGACGUCUUCAAGUUUUGGCUCAUGUGGAAAGCUAAGGGUACACAAGGUUUGGAGCAACACGUCAACACUCUGUUCGACAACACCAAGUAUUUUGUAGAAAGACUUAAAGUGCGAGAAGGCUUUCAAUUGGUUGUCUCAGGACCACAACUGACCAAUGUCUGCUUCUGGUACAUCCCGCCAUCACUGAGGAAAGUCCCGGAAGGCCCAGAAUUCCGUGCACGACUCCACAAGGUGGCGCCACUAAUCAAAGAGCGCAUGCUCCGCACAGGGUCCAUGAUGAUUACCUACCAGCCACAGAAAGAGCAUGUCAACUUCUUCCGGUUGGUGCUGCAGAGUUCAGGGACAACGUUUGAAGACAUGGACUAUUUUCUCGACCAGAUUGAGAAGCUUGGACAUGACAUAAUUAUGUGAACUGAAAGUAUUCUCCUAAUCAGAGGCUCUUGUGGUCAACGUAGUACCUCAGCAAAGGUCAGCGAGAUGGGCCGAUUCUUCAUAUUUUCCUCAGCCGAUUUAUUAAAUCACACGUUUCAUUUUUGAAAAGUCUAUACAUUUCGACUCUUGCUUGUCAUGAAAUGGUUAACUUUCACUGACAAAUGUCCUAUUAAGGUGAAAUACUACUUCCGUUUUCUUAUUUAGGCCUUGUUUACUGUAGUUGUGUAGUUCCCUUGAAGACAUCAAAGUCCCUCAAAUAUCCAACGAGGCUUCAUACAAUAGUGAUGUAUUGUCACAUUUAUUCCUGUGGCGAGGAGGUGGCGUAGCACAUUGAUUAAGGCGUUCGCUCGUUACGCCGAAGUCGUCAUAUGGGUACAACGUUUCUGGUAUCCCCGUCGUGAUAUUGCAAGAAUAUUGCUAAAAGCGGAGUUAAACUAUACUCACUCACUAACGUGAUGUGGCCAUUAAGGCAGCAUUUGUUAAGAACUAUGUAAGACAAUCCUUAAACUGUUGUAUACAAUCAACAUAAAUUAGCUCGUGGCACACAGAUGUUGCGAAUGGAAUCUGAUUGGUUCUAUCUAUUAAUGUUCAUAGAUUGCAUUAACUUUGAUUAUAUCCUGGUUUUUUAUUAUUCUUCCUGUUUUGAAUGAUUAAGACCUUUAACAAUAUAAAUGGACUUUAUUAAAAUGCAUUCUUAGCUGAAA